AUGCCAACAGGCGCACUUUCAAUAUCUAUCCCUGACACACCCACUACUCCAACAACAGCUACAAAACACUCCGCUACUCGCCCAACUUUCUUCCCUACAGUUGCUUGGUGGAGACUUUUCCCAAAGCCAAGAUUCCCGAGCUAUUAUUCCUCGAGUUAUAACACUCACGGGUACAGAACUGACACUCAUGACGAAAAUGGAAGGACGACAAUGGAAGAAGGCUUAUUGAGUGACGGCGAAAGAGAAGAUUAUGAUGGGAUGAUUCCUAGGAUUGGCAUGCAAAGUGACUCAGGUUCCAGUUAUUGGAAACGGGUCAGUGGUGAAGGGCGGAGGAUGGGGAGGCUGAGGCUAACAGUGGAGAUUUUGGGUGCUGUCGGAGUUGUUGUCGCAGUUGUUGGGUUAGUUCUCUUAGUUUUUGGGUAG